CAAUCAUAACUACACUCUAAAACCCAAAAUCUCUUCUACCUCACUUAAACCCUAAACAUUCGCACUCCGUCACUGACUAGUUCACAAAAUGUCCGAAACGUUACCGGAACUCCCAAUCCUCCGCGGGUACGAGCUGCGUCUCCUCCGCUGCACCCUCCAGUCUCCGGCGUCCGAUCCCUCACCCCAUCCCCAACCGUCCGAUCAUGCCCACCCAACCCACCACCUCCACCUUCUAAUCAACGACCUCUUAACUUCCAUCGAGUCGGGCCACUACCUCCAAGCCCUCACCUCCCCCGACGUAAACCGCGUCGUUUUCAAACUCGCCGAGUCUGACUCGCUCGACUCGCUCGGAGACUCGGCGGAGUGCGCUGACAGAGUGUACUCCGAGUUGCUGGACCGAGUUGAGUCGUUUAUAUCCAAGGAAUGCGAAGAAGAAGAGAAUGAUAGUGGCAAGGACAAGGCCUACAGAGUCAUCGUGGUUCUGUGCAUUGCCGUGGCUGCCUUGUUCGGUUUUGCUCAAUGUAACUUGACUGGACCGUUGGAGGGGUUGCCAAAGUGUCCUCUGCCGCUGGAAGUGCCUCAAUGUGAUGAGUGGGAGAAUUGGGCGCGUAAUCAGCUUAUGGCUGCUGGGUCUGACUUGCUUGGAAAGUUAUCCAAUAUUCAGUAUAUAGUUUAUGCAAAGAUGCUGGCCGUGAAGAUGAAAGAUUUGUUAUUUGACGGAAGUGUGCCUUCUACAUAUGGAAUUAGGAGCAUUUCAUGGUGGCUCAUUAGGAUCACCCUUCUCCAUCAAAGAAUUCUUGAUGACCGGUCUUCUUCUCUGUUCAAUCUUUUGCAAGUCUUUACGAGUGAAACUUUGAAUCAUUUUGGCACUUUGGAGAAAGUAACAACUUAUUGGGGUAACAAUUUACGUAAUGGUGAGGGUUCGUCACUUGUCUCAAUGAUUUAUCUGGAAGCUGGAAUAAUGGAAUACACCUAUGCAAGAGUUGAUUCAUGCAGGCUACAUUUUGAAUCAGCUGAAGCAGCAGCUGGUCUUCAGCUUUCUGUUACAGGUGUUCUUGGCUUCCGUACUGUACAUCAGGUAGAACCGAAGGCACAAAUGGUACUUUUAGCAAACCCAACUUCUUCGAAGAGCAGUGGUAGCUGCGUCUCAGAAAGCCCUGGCUACCAGACAAACAAUUCUAGCAUUGGCAAUCUGCAUCCAUCUGAAACCUAUGAGGCCUCUGACAUAUUGAUGACCCCAAAAUUGUUAGGGAAUGAUAGCAAUUCUGGAAUUAUUUCAGAAGGCAUUCAAGUUGGUGGUACUGCUGCUGUUCCUUUGAGUGCAGUCCAUCAGGCAGUGAUCCUGGCUAAAUGCCUUCUAAUUGAGAAGGGUACACGACAUGAUGAAAUGCAAAGAUGGGAAAUGGCUCCUUACAUAGAGGCAAUUAAUUCUCAGCAGUCGUCAUACUUUAUUAUACGAUGUUUCUGUGACAUCCUACGGAUUCGGUGGGAGUCAACACGUAGUCACACAAAGGAACGUGCAUUGCUGAUGAUGGAAAAAUUGGUUCAGGGUUUCUAUGACCCUUCUCCAGGAGUGGUGGAAAGGAUUCUUUUCUGCUAUGGCGUUCAAAUUCCUACCAUUCCUGCCCUGCGGAAGGAAUAUGGUGAACUUUUAGUUGGCUGUGGUCUUAUAGGAGAGGCGGUUAAAACUUUUGAGGAUUUAGAGUUAUGGGAUAAUCUUAUAUUCUGCUACCGCCUAUUGGAGAAGAAAGCAGCAGCUGUUGAACUGAUCAAGACACGACUUUCUGAAACACCCAAUGACCCCAGGUUAUGGUGCUCAUUGGGUGAUGUUACUAAUGAUGAUGCGUGCUUUGAAAAAGCCCUGGAAGUUUCAAAUGAUAGAUCAGCUCGAGCCAAGCGGUCUCUUGCUCGCAGUGCAUACAAUAGAGGGGACUAUGAAAAAUCAAAAACCCUAUGGGAGUCUGCAAUGGCCUUGAAUUCUUUGUAUCCUGAUGGCUGGUUUGCACUUGGGGCUGCUGCGUUGAAGGCUAGGGAUACCGAAAAGGCAUUGGAUGCUUUUACUCGGGCUGUUCAACUUGAUCCUGAAAAUGGGGAGGCAUGGAAUAAUAUUGCUUGUUUGCAUAUGAUAAAAAAGAAGAGUAAAGAAUCCUUCAUUGCAUUUAGAGAAGCUCUGAAAUUCAAACGAAACAGCUGGCAACUGUGGGAGAACUACAGCCAUGUUGCCGUAGAUGUUGGCAAUUUUGGUCAGGGUCUAGAAGCUGCACGGAUGGUGUUGGAUAUUACUAAUAAUAAAAGAAUCGAUGCUGAAUUAUUGGAAAGAAUUGUGGCUGAGGUCGAAAUAAGGGCUGCACAUACGACUCCAGAUAUGACGGAUGAAGAUAACUGUCCCACUGAGGUGGGAAAAUCUCGGGAAACUGAGCACUUAGUAGAGUUCCUUGGAAAAGUUCUACAGCAGAUAGUUCGAAGUGGAAAUGGAGCAGAUAUUUGGGGUUUGUAUGCAAGGUGGCACAAAAUGAAAGGAGACCUUACAAUGUGCUCUGAAGCCUUAUUAAAGCAAGUUAGAUCAUACCAGGGAUCUGAUAUGUGGAAAGAUAGAGAUCGGUUUAAGAAGUUUGCUCAAUCAUCCUUGGAACUCUGUAAGGUGUAUAUGGAAAUUUCUGUGUCUACUGGUAGCUGUCGUGAACUUCUUACAGCAGAGAUGCACCUAAAGAACACAAUUAAACAGGCUGUGAGUUUCUCAGACAUGGAAGAACUUCAGGAUCUUAAAGCUUGCCUUCAUCAAGUGAAGUCAAAACUCGAAUCUGAUUCCCUAUGUGCUUAGAACUUCAUUUGGUGUUUGCGUAAUUAGAAUUUUCAGUACAGUUUUAUACAAGGAGCAUGAAGCCAACAAUAACGUAUGCAAUCGGAAUGUGGUGGCUUUUUGCUGGAUGACCAUAAGUUCACAUCCAAUACAGAGUUCAUGUAGAGAUAAUCUUUUUCCUUUUCUGCGUAGAAUUAGUCAACAUAUCUGUUUGAUUAGCCAAAUGUAAAGAACCAGUUCACUCAUUGCAGCGAAGAAGUAAAAA